AUGAGUUUAAUCGUACCACAUACAUUUACAUUUGACUCUCAAGUUAAUAAUGAUAAUGGAGAUAAAUCACCAUCAAUUAUAUCAACAUUAUCUUCUCCUACAUAUCAAACAAAUCAAAAUGUUUCUCGAUCACCAUCACUUAAUCCAUCGAUUGUAAAUCGAUCAAUACGUUUACAAGCUGGACCAUCUAUUGAUAUUCCAAUUGAUUUAAGUGAUGAUGAAAAUGAUUUUGAUGAUAAUGCAUCAGCUAGAGAAAAUUAUCGUUUUGGACCACAAAUUAUUCGUGCACGUAUUUCAAGACAUAAUUCAUUUAAAUUAACAACAAAUUAUCAAAGAUAUUUUCGUUCAUCACAACGUAAAUCUGAUCUUCUUGUUAUACAAGCACCACCACCCGGAUCAGUUACAAUAACAGGAAAACAAAAUACAAUAUUUCAAAAUGGUGGAUAUACAUCUAUGGUUGAUAAUCAAGCUGUUUUAAUUGGUACAAAUGCAUUAAAAGAAGUACGUGGUCAAACACUUCUUCAUUUAGCUGCACGUCUUGGUCAUGACGAAAUCAUGCGUUUAUUAAUUUGUGAAACUUCACAAGCUAGUAUGUUAAUGAAUAAAAAAGGACAAACACCAUUAUUAACAGCUAUUGAAGCUGGUUCAAUAUCUACAGCUACUUUAUUAAUGGAAGCCGAUCCAAGAUCAAUUAUUGCUAGUGAUACUAAUGGUUCUAGUGUAUAUCAUUAUGCAUGUGAACAUUGUAGUGAUGUUGUUUUACAUCGUGCUAUUACAUUAUCUAAAAGACUUAAUUCGACUAGUGAUCGAAUAACUGCAUUACGUCGUAUAGCUGAAAGAAAUUAUGCUGGUAAAACUCCAUUUGAUAUAGCUAUUGAAAAAGGUCAAUUAAAAUGUGUAAAACAUAUAGUUUUAUCAUCAUGGCUUGAAGCAAAUAUUGAUAUGAGAGAAUUAAUUGAUGCAUCAUCAAUGAAAAAUGCUAUUGAUCAAGAUCAAUUAGAUAUUUUAACAUUUUUUAUUUCAGAACCAAAACGAUUUGCUUAUAUUAUUCAUUUAUUAGUCGAGUUUAAUGGACGAUACUUUAAUUUGUUAGAAUAUGCUAUAAUAUUAAAAAAGAAAGAUAUUGUUCGAUUAUUUAUUAGUGUACGUAUACCUAUUGAACAAUAUAAUUUUCGUUAUGAAUAUAAAGAAUUUUUAAAACAUUAUAAUGAACCAUAUAUUCAAGCAAAUUCUUUACCUUUUUAUCAAACACCUAUACAACGUAUGUUAACAACACCUGAAUGUGUACCAUUAGUACCUCUUAUAUUAGAACAAUUUGUUAGUGAUCAUGGAAUUGAUCUGUCAAUUGUUGAUGAUUGUUUAUAUGCUCGACCGAUAAAAACAAGAUGUAUAUUUGGACGAACAAAACAUUUUUCAACAGAUAAUUGGCUUCAACAACAUCCAUUGACUUUAAUUGCUAAAGCUGAUUGUAAAGAUGUAUAUGAUCAUCGUUUAGUUCGUUUAUGUGUUGAUUUAAAAUUUAAUUUAUUUGGAAAUUUUCUUUAUUUUAUUAUACUUUGUUGUCAAUCAACAUAUGUUGCACUAUAUACAGGUAUUGCAUUAGGUUCACCAACACCAGCUGAUCAAGGUACAAAUUAUUAUGAAAUGGUUAAUUAUUCAUGUUUUGAUUUAUGUAUAACAUUAGCAAAUGAUCCACAAAGACCAGCUACAAAUCAUUCGGCAUUACGUGCUUUACGUUUAAUUUUAUUGAUUUUAUCUGGUUUUGCUUUAUUAAAAGAACUUUUUCAAAUUCUUACACAAAGAGAAGAAUAUUUUCGAAGAUUUUAUAUUAAUCUUAUUGAAUUACAUAUGUAUGUUAGUGCCAUUAUAUAUUCGGUCGAUGUAAAUGAAUGUACACGUCAAACAGGAAUUCGUUGUUCAGCUCAAUGGAUGGCUGGUGGUAUUGGUCUAUUAUCUGUUUGGACAUCUUUAUUAUUAGUUGUUAUGAAUGGUAUUAAAUUUGGUAAACAUGGUCUUUUAUUUAUAACUGUAUUUGGUGGUUUGGCAGUAGCUGAUGUAAAAGAAUAUCGUUUAAAUGCUAAACGAGAACAUUUACGAGCACGUAUUGGUGUUGUAUUAGGUUUUCAAGCACGUUUAGGUGGAUUUUGUGAAACAAUUGGUAGUAUAAUAAGAAAAUUAGGUAAAAAUGUUCGAUUAAUGAAUUUUUGGGAACGAUUAAAUCUUAUUCCAUUAAAAUAUCAUUUACGUAAACUUGAAAUACGUUCAUAUGUAACAAAUAUUCCACAUAAUAUGAAUUCAUCAUAUUUUUCUCCAUUAACAUCAUUAAGAAGACGUGAGCCUGUUAUAUUGCAUCAUUCAGUGUCAUCAUCAUCAUCAUUACCAGCAAAUAUUGGAAUAUUUGAACAAAUACAAACAGAAACAGGUUAUUAUUUUCAUCAAGAUAUAAUACGUAAUGAUAGUUUAUUUAAUGAAGAAGAAAAUACACGUUUAUUGAGAAAAACAGAUGAUAUACGUGAUGCUGUUGAAGAAUCAGGUAUACGAACAAAUAAUGAAAUAAGAAAAGUAGCAUUAAGUUUACAAAAUGAAUUGGAAGAUAUUAAACGAAGAUUAGCACAACGAUAA